GCCAGUAUGGAUGACAUCUACAAGGCUGCGGUAGAGCAGCUGACAGAAGAGCAGAAAAAUGAGUUCAAGGCAGCCUUUGACAUCUUCGUGCUGGGCGCUGAGGAUGGCUGCAUCAGCACCAAGGAGCUGGGCAAAGUGAUGAGGAUGCUGGGGCAGAACCCCACACCUGAGGAGCUGCAGGAGAUGAUUGACGAGGUGGAUGAGGAUGGCAGCGGCACAGUGGACUUUGAUGAGUUCUUGGUCAUGAUGGUUCGGUGCAUGAAGGAUGACAGCAAAGGAAAGUCUGAGGAGGAGCUUUCUGACCUCUUCCGCAUGUUUGACAAAAACACUGACGGCUACAUCGACCUGGAGGAGCUGAAGAUCAUGCUUCAGGCUACGGGUGAGACCAUCACAGAGGACGACAUUGAGGAGCUCAUGAAGGAUGGUGACAAGAACAACGAUGGCCGCAUUGACUAUGACGAGUUCCUGGAAUUCAUGAAGGGGGUGGAGUAG